ACACUAGUUCACACAAGUUGCGGUCGGCUCUCAUGUAAAAAUUAUGGGAACGAGGCUUUUUAUGUUUUUGGGUUUGUUGGGAACCAGCUUUUGGGGACAACUGGUUUGGAACAGUUCAAAACAAAGCUAAAUCUUUUAUAUUUAAGACCCUUACUACUUUCUUUUAAUUCUCACUCUCAUAGCUAGCCUUGCUCAUAAACUCUCUAGUCUCUUGACUUUCCCCCAACAGUGCCCUUGAUCUCUCUCUCUCUCUCUCUCUCUCUCUCUCUCUGGAGUCUUGCCCCCGCCGUUUCAUCUCAUCUCAUCUCUCUCUCUUGGUCUUGCCGACCCCGUCUCCUGUCCUUCCUCUCUUGAUCUCGCCGGUUGUGGCCUCGCCUUUGUUGGUCGGCCGUCGAUCAGCCCACUAAUAGCCAGAGAGACGAAGAAAGAGAGAUAUAGAGAACAAAAAUGGCAGAAGCUGUCCUUGGUAGCAUUGCCAAAAAGAUCGUUGAUUAUCUGGUUCCUCAAGCAAUAGAACAGGUUGGACAGUUAUGGUUCGUCCAUCGUGAACUCAAGGCGCUGGGGGACACUGUCUCCACGCUUCAGGCUGUAGUGUAUGAUGCAGAGGAGCAAUACUACCAUAAUCGCCAAAUCCAAGUUUGGCUUGAGCGAUUGAAAGACGCUUUCUAUGACGCACAGGACGUGCUUGAAGAAUUCAGUAUAGAAGCUAUGCAACGAGAAUUGAGUGGACGAGAAUUGAGCGGCCACAAUAAAAUGCUCAAUGAGGUAAGGGCAUUUUUCUCAAGUUCAAACCAGCUUGCUUUUAAACUGAAGAUGAUUUACAAAGUAAGAGCAGUGAGGGUGAGAAUAGAAGCCAUUAAGGCUGAUAAGGGAUUGCACUUGGUUGAACGCCCCGUGGGUCCUCAAGUGGAGAGAGAGUGGAGGAAGAGACAAGAGACGGAUUCGUUUACACUUGAGGGAGAUAUUAGAGGGAGAGAUGAUGAUAAGAAGACGGUUUUGAAAUUUUUAUUGGAUACAAAUGUGAAAGAGAACGUUUCCAUCCUUCCAAUUGUUGGUAUUGGUGGGCUUGGAAAAACGGCUCUUGCUCAAUAUGUAUAUAAUGAUGAGAUGGUAAGUAAACACUUUCACUUAAAAAUGUGGGUUUGUGUCUCUGAUAACUUUGACAUGAAUAAAAUAGUCACAAAUAUCAUAGCUUGUGCAACAAAGAAAGAACCAACCAAGGGUGCGUUGGAGCGGUUGCAAAGUGAACUAAGGGCAACAAUUGAUGAAAAGAGAUAUCUCUUAGUUUUAGAUGACUUGUGGAAUGAAAAACCAGAAAAAUGGCUGAGCUUGAAAAAAUUAUUGGUGGGAUGUGCUAGAGGAAGCAAGAUCCUUAUAACUACAUGCCUUCCUUCGGUUGCGAAGAUCACCGGCACUGCUUCGCCUCAUCUUCUCGGGGACUUAUCUGAAAGUGCAUCUAUCGAUUUAUUAAUGCAAAUGGCUUGUCGAAAAGAAGAGGAGAUACAAGAUCCUGAAAUGCUAGUUAUCGCCAAAGAGAUAGCUAGAAAGUGCUCUGGGGUUCCAUUGGUUGUUCGAACCGUUGGGCAUUUACUGUCCUUUAAGGAAACUAAACUUGAAUGGUUACGUUUCAAAGAUGACAAGCUCCCACAAGUGAAUCAAAGCGAAGACAGCAUAAGAUCAGUUCUUGAGCUAAGUUACAAUCAUCUUCCUUCACAUUUGAAACAAUGUUUCGCGUUCUGUUCAUUGUUCCCCAAAGAUUACAAGAUAAAAAAGCAGACUUUGGUUGAUCUUUGGGUGGCAGGAGGAUUUAUCGAGCCAUCAAAUGAACAUUUAGAAGAUGUUGCUCAUGAAUAUUUCAUAGAUCUACUUCGGAGUAACUUCUUCCAAAAUUAUAAGAAAGACGAGGAGACUUGCCAGAUGCAUGAUUUGAUGCAUGAUCUAUCUUGCUUGGUUGCUGGGACCGGGUGUGGGGUGGCAUGGGAUGACAAAAAAUCCAUACAUGAAAGAACUCGUCAUUUAUCUGUGGGUGACUUUCCAAUCCCAUGCUUGAAAGCAAGUCCCUUGAGAACAUUUCUUUCUGCUGUGCCACGGCCAAGAAGUGAAGCAGAUAUAUGCCACCUCAUGCAAAGUUUCAAAAGGUUGAACAUCUUAGAUCUGCAUGACUCGUGUGUCGUGGAGGUGCCAAGGUCCAUUUGUAAGUUGAAGUUUCUCACCUAUCUCGAUCUCUCUCACAACCAUAGAAUCAUAAGGCUUCCUGACUCCAUUACGAGAUUGCAUAGUUUACAAACACUUAAUCUCUACCAAUGUGCAUACCUUGUGGAAUUGCCGAUGGGUAUAAGGGAGUUAGUCAGCCUACGAAAUCUAGACAUAGACGGUUGUCAAGAACUUAGUUAUAUGCCACACGGACUAGGGCAAUUGAGUUCUUUGCAUAGGUUAACGCGCUUUAUUUUGCCCAAACGUAAAGUUCUUACUGAGAAUUAUUGUGGACUUGGGGAGCUAAAUGGGCUUAAUAACAUCCGGGGUAGCCUCAGCAUUGAAAAUUUGGGAUACAUAACAGAUGCGGCAGCACAAUCCAAGGAUGCGAACUUAAUAGGGAAGGAUUCCUUGGAAUCCUUGGAACUUCGAUGGGGCUAUCUCCAUGCUGAUGAUGAAGUAAUUGGGGAUAGAGAUGAAGCCUUAUUAGAUGGAUUGAGGCCGCACUCAAAUCUGCAAAAGUUGGAAAUCUCUGUAUAUAAUAGUGAGAGCUUUCCGAGGUGGAUGAUGGAUGACAUUGUGCUUUCCUUGCCAAAUUUAGUUGAGAUACGCUUCUACCGUUGCCAAAGAUGUAAACAUCUCCCUCCACUGGGCCAACUACCUCGCCUAAAGUAUUUAGAGAUUCGAGACAUGACUGAAUUGGAAUACAUCAAGUCGAACCCUUCGUGCACUUUAACAGGGUCAUUUCCUUGUCUAUCGAAGUUGAUGAUCGAAAACUGCAGGAACUUGAAAACCAUGCCACCUACUCCACAUCUUGAGGACUUAAUUCUGAGUGAGUCCCACCCAACGUUGAUAAAUCAGACGUUCGGCCUUAAUAAAUUGAAGACUCUGGAUAUCAGGCGGAUGCUGUCUCUAGAAUGUUUGUCUUUGGAAAGUCUCACUUCACUUGAAAAACUUCGCAUCAUUGGAUGUCAUCAGUUAACUUCCCUCUCACUCGGUACGCGACCUCUAUCCAACCUCGUGCGUCUCUCUAUUGGGCAAUGUGCAUCCCUCGAUUUAUCCAAUUUCAUAAGCGGCAACAUCUUGGAUUUCCAAGGACUUGAGAGUCUCCGCUCCAUGGAAAUUUUUCGCCUUCCCAAACUAGAAUCUCUCCCACAGUGGCUUCUACAGCUCACCAAUCUCGAGCGUCUCAAAAUUUCUUAUUGCUCCAAUUUGAAGGCUCUACUAGAGCAGAUCGAGACCUUUCAAUCACUUCAACGGCUUGAAAUCACCGAUUGCCCCUCGUUGACGUCAUUACCUGAUGGAAUUCGAAGGAUGGCAUCUCUUAAUCACCUAAACAUCUACGGUUGCCGAAAAUUGGAGGAGAAGUGCAAAAAAGAUGGAGGCGUGGACUGGUACAAGAUUGCUCAUAUCUCGCUCAUAACUCACCAGACCUUCUUUGAUUUCUGA